AUGGAAAAUUCGCAUUUAAUUAUAAAAAGAUCUCGACUACGGAUUAAGAAAGAGGACGAUAUUUGUUUAAUAAGAGAAGUAGCUGGGCAUAACCCAUUUUUAAAUAGUAAGUUAUGGACAAAAGUAAAGGAAAACGUUAAUUUGCUUUGCGAAAAGAAUUUUCUUCUAAAAACGUUAAAAGACCAUGUAGACUUAUUAAUAAAAUUGUGGUUGAAGAAGACAAAAAUCUUGAAGGACAAAUCUGAAAUUGAAGAAGCUUUUUCUGAGAAAAUUCAAUUAUGCCAGAACAUUCAGAAUUAUAUGAUCCAAUUCAGGUUAAAAGGAGAAAUGACUGCCAAAAAGAAACCUGCUAUUCAUCCAGGAAAAAUAGAGAGAAACAAGUGGACAUAUGCCUUAAACGUCUUAAACAAAAAUGCAAUAACUAUUCCCACAAUGAAUUCUUUCUUUAAUGAAGAUGAUAGUAACAUGCCCUCUACAUCAGAAGAUGUCAGUCCUCACAAUAAAUUAAACUGGUACAGAAAAUUGGAAGACUAUGUGGUAAAACUUGACAAGUAUGCUGAAGGAAAAGUAAAGCUAUUAGACAUUUUAAAUACACAUGGUGAAUUAAUAAAUAAAAAGCAAUUAAUAGAUAAUUUGGUUAAUGAACUUAAAAUUCCUAAAGUUAGCAACCUUACUUUUGUUAAAACUGUAAAUGCUCAGUCUUUUAUUGAUUUGACUUUAAAUGAACCAAUGUACAGUAAUGAGAAGUCAAAUGAAUGUACUAAUGGAAACCAAGAUUCUGUUUUGGAGACCACUAAAUCGGACAUCAACGAAAAUGCACGUGCAGAGGAUAAAGGCCAAAGUUCUUUUUUAGUCAACAGUCAGCAAAUUCAAGAAUUAGAUUAA